AUGGGAGUGCCAUCAUACUACCGGUGGCUGAGCCAGCGGUACCCCAAGGUUGUCAAGGAUGUGGUGGAGGACGAGGUGCAGGUGAUCAACGGGGUGGAGGUGCCCGUGGACACUAGCCAGCCCAACCCCAACGGCCUGGAGUUUGACAACCUGUACCUGGACAUGAACGGCAUCAUCCACCCCUGCUUCCACCCCGAGGACCGCCCAGCACCUACCACCGAGCAGGAGGUCUUCACCACCAUGUUUGACUACAUCGACCGACUGUUCGCCAUCGUGCGCCCGCGCAAGCUGCUCUACAUGGCCAUCGACGGCGUGGCGCCGCGUGCCAAGAUGAACCAGCAGCGGUCUCGGCGCUUCCGGGCGGCGCAGGAGGCGGAGGAGCGGGAGAAGGAGGAGGAGAAGCUGCGGGAUGAGUUUGCCAAGCAGGGCAUCAAGGUGCCCAAGAAGGAGAGCGCGGUGUUUGACAGCAACGUCAUCACCCCCGGCACGCCCUUCAUGCACCGCCUGUCUGUGGCCCUCCAGUACUACAUCCACCUCCGCCUCAACGCAGACCCGGGCUGGCGCGGCAUCAAGGUCAUCCUCAGCGACGCCAACAGCCCCGGCGAGGGCGAGCACAAGAUCAUGGCCUACAUACGCGAGCAGCGCGGCCUGCCCGGCUACAGCCCCAACACCCGCCACUGCAUCUACGGCCUGGACGCAGACCUCAUCAUGCUGGCGCUGGCCACCCACGAGCCGCGCUUUGCCAUCCUGCGGGAGGUGGGGUGCUGGCAGGGGUGGGGUGCCGGCAGGGGCGGGGUGGGGUGCUGGGGGGCGAGGGCAGGGAGAGAUGGGGGGGCCGGGAUGCAGGUGGGAGGCAUGUGGGUGGCCAAGAAGCCGUACCAGUUCCUGCUGGUCGGCGUGCUGCGUGAGUACCUGGAGCGAGACCUGCGCGUGCACACGCCCUUCCCCUGGGACAAGGAGCGCGUGUACGACGACUUU